AUUUGUCAUGGAAUUAUUGAGCAACGAGUAUUACUUGGUCGGCCCCGUUGUUCAACCGAUAAAGCGGAAUGGCUGUUCCUUGGAUUGCAAAGGUCGCAUGAUAGAAGAUACAUCGAGAAUACGUAAAAGAGUCGAUGAUCAGAGAAAUGGUGUAUGUGGUUGCGCACGAUUUCCCAAAAGUCCUCGUCAAGAUCUAAAAUCGCCACGCGAGGAAUCUCGCAGGACUUUCAUUGUCGAUCGACCUGAGGAUUCGGAACUAAUUUUUCAUUCAACCAGAAUAUCAGCUGACGAAAGAGAUGAUGCGGAUCGUCGCAGGGAGUUUGAUACCGAUGUUUCGGAUAUCCAAGAUUAUCGACGACGACGUGAUAUCGAGAUGGAGCAACGUAACAAUUACGCGGAACCGAUUCCCGGACCUUCCAGAAAAGUCUUAAGGGUUCCUUCGCUAGAUCCAGCUAGAAAUGCGAAAAAAGCGCGAGUGGAAGAUCAAAGAGUGGAACGCGCAGAUGAGAAAGAAGAUGAGACUACGACGGAAGAGGAGGAUAUGGACUGCAUUUGUAAUGCCGAAGUUGUCACUCGAGAUGAACUUUCAAGGAUCCGACCUCCUGAUCGUUCUCGCGUCAUCAGGAACGGACGUCGUCGCAAUGACGCCGAGGAAAAUGAAGAAGAUAUAAAAGAAAGAAUAAAAGAUGACGAAGAGGACGAAGAGGAAAGGGUAGAAGAAGAGGACGAAGACACAGAGGAUAGUAUAUACGAUGAAUUGAGGACACAAGUUCCUCGUAGGAGAACUGCGGCACGCGAACGAGAGUUGAGAAGGUGGAUCCGACGAUGUCGUGAAGAAUGCGAACGACGGGGAGGACGGUAACGCGAGUUGAAAAUUUAGGAUUGUAUAAAUACAUUUUCAACAGUUCGAGAAAAUGAAUGUGGUUAUUACUUCUUUAUCUUGAUAAUUACUUCCAUUAGUUACUGCAGGAAAAUAAAAUUAAUAUUUAUUCGCGAUUCUACUUGUAA